AUGUCACAUUUAUUUAGUGGUGAUUUAACAUUACCUUCAACUACAACUGCUACUAAUCAUAUACUCCCACCUGUUAGUAAUCUCAUGGCUCUUCCACCGUAUAAUAUAGAUGAUUUGCUUACUCCUAAUAGUUCAUUAACAAAUGUAACAAGUUUACCAAAUGGUGAUACAACACGUUCUUUACUUGCUGGUCAUGAUGGUUUAUCAGCUAAUAUCAAUAAUACUACACAUACAUUAUCACCAUCGUCAAGUGUAAAUAAUACAUUACCAA